GUGGGAGAGAAAGUUUGACAAGUUUAACCGACGCACUAAAUCUCUCUCUCUUUUCUCCCUCUCUUUAUCUUCGUCACCCCGGAUUGUCAGCAUUUUUAUUCCUUUUAUCUAACUGCCGUAAUUUGGCUUUAACGCAGAGUCAUUUCGAUCAGCCGAUAACUAUUAAAUCAUGGAGUUUCUUCAGAAACUGCUGACGGGUUUCAAACUUGACUUGGGACCAUUAAAAGAGCCGCUUGGAUUUAUUCGCCUUCUGGAGUGGCUCUUCACCAUCUUCGCCUUCGCCACUACUGGCGGAUACGUGGGGUCCCUGACCAUGCUGCUCAACUGUCCAGAUAAAGUUCCACAUGAAAUUACUGCACAUUUCGGCUAUCCGUUCAGACUUCAGAGUCAACCGUUUAACAUCCCGAGCUGCAAUUCCAGCCAACCCCCCAACUCCACCUUCCUGAGGGGUGACUUCUCAUCCUCCGCCGAGUUCUUUGUGUCUGUGGGCGUCUUUGGUUUCCUGUACUGCACCUUCACCCUCAUACUGUACCUGGGCUACCAGCACGUCUACAGGGAAACCACCCGAGGACCCAUUGUUGAUCUGGUUUUGACUGGGAUCUUUGCGUUCCUGUGGCUGGUCUCGUCCUCUGCGUGGGGAAAAGGACUGACUGACGUGAAAUAUGCCACCAACCCCGAUACGCUGCUCGAUUACUGCAGUCCAAAGUGUGUGACCAAGAUCUUCCCUGCCAUGGGACGCCUUAAUUCCUCUGUGGUCUUUGGCUUCCUCAAUCUCAUCCUGUGGGCAGGAAACUGUUGGUUCAUCUAUAAGGAGACUCCGUUCCACAAGCCUGCUCAGCCUUCCUCCAACAUGGAGCACGGAGGCAGCUCCUAAUCUUGAUAUACUCAGACUCCACCCACUUCAUUCAGGCCAAUCAGAAAUUAGAGUAAGCCACUGCGGGUUCACGCGGACUCGUCCUAAAGUAAAGUAAAGUCUGAUACAGGUGCUCCGGGCCGGCUGCUGUUUUCCUUGCGCAGAACGUUCAUUCAGGCUGUUCGGCUUUGGGUUUAAGCAGAAAGUGUCCGCUUCUGUCGCGUUACCUGGUGCAGGUGUUGUUAUCUACGUCCCAUAAAUUGUUUUGCGUCGUUACUAAUCGUUUCUCGUUCCACUUGUAUACAGUUGAGUGCAAAAAAAAAAUUAAAAAUUUUGUCUACACGUUCCUUCAUCCCACAAAUAACAAACUGUAUGUUUGGAUAUUAUUAGUGAAAAAAAUAACGAGUAUAAAAAUUAGUAAAAAAAAAAAAAAGUUAGUUCUUCUUUGAUUGUGAUAUAAACACAGACAUUCUUUAAUAACUAAGUAUGUUCAUCCUGUAGCUUUAACAAACCUUUAACAAUGUCUGAGCAGCCUUUUUUCUAUUCACUUAUACUGAGAUGCCAAUCUUUACACAUUUACUGUACAAUAUUUCAUCUUUUCACCAAGUCGGGUGUGGUCAGUGUAAUUAGUGCCUUUUUGCACUUCUCGUGACGCACAUUUAAAACCACUCGACUACUGACACAGAAUAACUCUUUUGUAUGUUUGUCAUCAGUGUUGGCAUCUCUGUAUAUCCAUUCGAUCUCGGCCAAAUCUCCGGGUGAAUCUUUGCUUGUUUUUCUUUUCAAAAAUGAGUUUUAGUUCGGUCUCAAGUUUGAGAGGAUCUUCACAAAGCUAAUUUCUUUCGAUUUAGGUCCGUUUCAGGUUGUCUCUCGAUUCUAUUUUAAAAAUGAUGGGGAGUGCAAACUUUUGCACUCAACUGUAUUGCACUUAGAUUAUAGAUAAACAUGUGUUUAUCAGACACACACACAUAAUAUUUACACACACACACAAGACAAUGAUGGACUUGUGUUUCUUGUAUAAACCAGUUUUUUGUUUUUUUUUCCUUCUUCACAUUUGACAAAAUUUGCUCUGUUCUUUUUGUACCAGCUUCAUGAUUUAGAAACUCGCACACUAAACAAAACGUGCCUUCCUUAUAUACGUGCACUCAGACGUUAUACACUUCAUCAUAUUCUGGACGGUUUUUGGACUGUAUCUAUUUUAUAUCUAUACAAAGUGCCUCAAAUGAUGGAUCCAUUGUCUCUCUGGGGCUUUAAAUAAGAAUUUGAGGUUAUGAUACAGAGACAAGUCUCCGGCUCUUCAUACACUUUCCUGGUGUGUUGUGUUCGCUUUAUUUAAGCUGUAAGCCUUUUAUGGUGUGAUGCCAGAAGAUCAUUGACUUCGGGCUAAAUGAUUGUUCUGAAGGAAAAAACAGAACCAUUUAACACUAAUUUCCUUUUUUUUGUUGUUAAAUACUUGUUCCUGUUUAUUCAUCUCAGGAACAUGCUUGUACCUUUUCCUACGUAAUUACCAUCGAGCAGUCAGAAUCUUAUUCAUGCUUUCCGUGUGCACGUUUUUUGUACGUUUUACAUGAUCUUAUAUGAUACGAAAAUCUCAAAGGUCUUUUUCGGUCACGCUUCUCAAACAUAGAAACACAUUAAGCAUCGUGUUACUUGAGAGUAGGCAUGCGCUGAUUUAUAAUCUGCUCAUAACAACAGCCUUGAUUCUUUUUAUGAUGUCAUGAUCAGAGUUACAGUAAAAAAAAAAAAAAAAGAAUUACAAGAAAACGCAGGGGUCGUGACGAUCAUUAUACGCUGGUGUGAUAUGUUGCAGAUUAUUUGGCGCAUGCCUCUUUGUGUCAUCAUGAGAUCAUUUACGGUCUUGUAAUUGUUGUUAUGAUCCCAUCAAUGGGGAAUAAACAUGAUUUACACGUCACACUUUCAUUUCUGUUUCUCUUCAGUUUGGAUUUUGUUUCUUCUUAUUUAAGUAUAUAUAUAGAUGAUUUGGCUUCUUCCUUGUGCUCAUGCAAUAUGAAAGCCUUAAAAACACUGUGCCUUAAUCCCUAAUCAUAGCUUUUUAUAUUCCAAUUUGAGGUUUGUUAUUAACGAUAAUUAACAUAAUGACACGAACGAUAGCAGGGAUAGAGCUCAGUUCUGUGUUAGCAGUGUUUGAACACAGCACAUGUGCCUGUUUUCAUAUAGCUCUCUGUUUUAAUACCACCUGGAUAGACUUUCAGUUAAAUGCCUUUUUUUUUCUCUCUGGCUUACUUUAAACAGGUCGGUAAAAUACACUGUUCUUACACUGUCAUUUAAUGCAUUUCAAAAACAUAUCCGUUGAAUUUGCAUUUUGCAGGAUUUUUGUGUUGUUGUUUUUUUUUGCAUUGUCUGUGUCGUAAAGUAUUAAACGAAGAGAGCUUCAA